UUACCGACAAACUUAGAAAACAUCGGACAUUAAUCAUGAUUGUUAUACUGUUAUUCAUGUUUUUUAUUCUAGUUAUAAUGUGUAAUAUAAAGAUACUAUUUAUAUUCACCUUUAUUAUUGUAAUAAUAAUGCUCAAUAUAGAACAAAUAACUAUAGUCAUCAUUAUUCUUCUAAUAAUAUGGUGGGUUCGUAAAACAGGCAAUGAAAGUUCUAGGACAAACGAGGUUGACGAAGGUUCAGAAAAUUUCAGACGGUCAGCUUCAGAAUUAAAACUGCAACAAAUCAAGAAAUAUAACAACAAAUACUUACAGCAAAUAAACAGAAAAACAUAUUUUCAUCCACCCAAUAAUUUACAACCCCGUGUUGUCAACAACAACUUACACAUACGUUUACCCAAAGGAGCAGAAGUAAACUACGAUACAGUAGACACCAGUCAACUACGGUCGGCGAAGUUUGUAACAAAUGAUACUGAACGACAACGAUCUUUUGUUUCUAGGAAAGAUACCCUUUUGAAAAAGGCCGAUGAAAUCAAAACAGCAACUGGAUGCGAUAUAUACAUGGAAAUGAGAUACGAAAAUAAGAUACAUCUAUAUAAAUCAGAGACUUUGCAGAAUGAUGGCCCUGUCAAUGAGUCUAAACGCUCGCAAAAUAAACGAAAACUCGAAUUGGGCGAUGAUUCAGAUACUGAAGAUAACGGAUUGUCUCCUGUAAAGAUACAAAAAAAUACUAAGGCAACUAAAGGGGAUAUAAUGCAUACUGAAAUGGAAAGUGGAAUUGAAACAGAUAUAGAGGUUGAUGAAAUUUAUUGUAAUAUUUGUGAAACCACAGAUGAUUAUGACAUUAGAGGUCCCUUUGUUGUAUGUGAAUAUAAACAUGAAGAUUUCUCCAGUUGUUUGUACACAGCACAUUUAUUAUGUUUAGAUUUACAUGAAUAUCCUCCAUACUUUCUCUGUCCAGAACAUAUUAGUUUAAAAUAAUUUGUUUUUUCCUUAUUUAUUAAAUGAUUUUUUUAUCAUGUCGCAUUCAAUAGUUUAUGAAUA